UCAUACCACAAUCGUAGUUAAGUGCUAGAAGAAACCAUGGAUCGUUAUCCUGGAAUAUCAAAUGGAAGACCAAAGAAUCCUGAUUAUUCCAUGGCAACGGAAAGACUGGCAACAUUCAAAGACGUAGCAACAUUCAAAGACUGGUCAACAAAUGGGAUCUCUAUUGAAGAAUUAUCGAGUGCGGGAUUUUAUGCUACAGGAAGCCGAGACUCUGUAAAAUGUUUUUACUGCGGAGGAGGGAUGCAACACUGGCAACAGGAUGAUGAUCCUUGGAUAGAGCAUGCAAGACAUUUUCCAGAUUGUGACUUUUUAAAGCUACAUGUAGAAGAAGAGUUUAUAAAAAAGGCACACUAUGUGGAUGGUAAAGAUGCAAUGGAAUCAACAUUUGGGCAUGUGAAAAAACGUCUUGUUCCUGAUCAGCUGAUAGAAGAUUUGAAUAGUAAGGCAUCCUUGCUUCUUAUGGAGAAAGGGUACAAGCAAGAGGAUGUUGAACACGCGAUUGAAAGAGCAAGAGAAAAGCAUGGUAGCGGGGAUUUAAGGGCUCAUCAUAUUCUCGAGGCUCUACUUGAAAGCGAGACGUUUACCACGCCCUGUAGUAAAGACACAUUUUCUUCUUCACGACCAACCAACCAUAUGAAUUUGUCAAAUGGCUACACGGAACGACCAGUACAUGUUCCAGUCAAUUUGUGGGGUAACGUCUCUGAGUCUCUUGGAGAAAAGACAUAUAAUGAUGAUGCACUUGAUACUGAACAAGACCGUUUGUUGAAAGAGAACCGUGCUUUGAAACACAGGAUGACCUGCAAAAUAUGCCUGGUCAAUGAUGCAUGUAUUGUAUUUAUUCCGUGUGGGCACAUGGUAUCAUGCAGGCAAUGUGCUGGUAGACAAAACAAGUGCGCAGUCUGCAGGGCUGAUAUAAAAGACACAAUACGGGCAUAUCCCGCCUGAAACCCAAAGAUAUUAAAGCUUGGGUAAAUGUUGAUAAAUAAAAAAAGAAAUUAUGACAUUUCACUACAAAUACCAAAAACAAAAAUAAUAAAGACAAUGACUCAGUAGGACAAUCCACGAACGGAGCACGGUGAAAUCAAAACCUUGCUGCUGUGUUCACAUAUUACCACAAUAUACACUAAAAUGCAUGGUCAAUGUAACACACACACACGCAAACGCACGCACGCAGGCAACAUGCUCAUUCAGACAAGAACACAGUUGCGACUGCCUUGGAAUGUUCAGUGGCAAAAGAUCUACUAAUGAAUUUUGUGUGAUUAUUUAUGUGCACCAGAACUCAUUCUUAAUCCUCUAACAAGACAGUGUUAAUAAAAUAGAUCUUUUUCUAACAUACACAAUGAUAACUAUAUGCACGACAAGGUAAAUACAAAAAUGCUUGUACAUAUAAUUGUUUAAACCAUACACUUUACACUGGAACAUCUCAUUUUACGUCUGUUUAUGUUUGUUUUACCAUUUUUUAAUUUUUUUCUAAAUAAUUAAAACAAACUGGGUCUGUGAUUAGACAUCUCUUAUAAAAGUUAAAAAAACCUACUGUUGUAUAUUAUUCCACAAAAGAGUAUUUAGUUUUUUUAAACAAACAAUUAGACUGUCACAGGGUUUGGAAAAUGUGCAGCCAGACCUGGACUCGAACCUGGAGCCUAGGAAUAUCGUUCAGAUGCUCUACUGACUGAGCUAUUCGGCCAUCUACACAUUUUCUCCCCGUUUAAAUAUUCAAGUUCUAUACCGUGACAUAUUUCCCCACCAUUUUGAAUUCGUCCUCGAAUUUCAGCGGGCACUGUAUAUUAUAUAAGCAAUUACAGGCGUCGGAGACUAACCAGUGUAAUUUCGUCACGGUCCCAUGUUGGGUGCCAAAUGUCACAGGGUGUCUGGGCUACCCGGCCGUCUACACACUUUCUCCCCGUUUUAUUAUUCGUGACAUUACAAUGCUUCUUUCUAAAUGUGGGCGUACUAUUUUUAUCAUUUUGUAAAUACAAGAUUGCUUUAGUAUUUGCAUAUUUACGAAGUGCAACAUCUUGAUGUUUAUAGCUUUGGUACUAUAAAUUUUAGGCAAGUACAUGUAAACAUUGAUAACAUGUACGUAAUCAUGUUAAAACUUUAGGUGGCAGGGGAGCGGUUUCGUAGUUUUGGCCCCGAUCGAUUUUCUGUAUAAACAGGACAGGGUAGAUAUAAAGGCAUAUCUAUCUUACUGGUUAUUUAUCAUUAUCAAUUCUAUAAUAUAUCUGGGGAAUGAGGAACGGUUAAUGAUUCUACAUGGCGGGUGUUUUAAAAUUCCUAGCUCCGUACUUCCGGUUGAGGCUAAAACAUAAAUAUCAGAACAAAAAGUCGGCCAGACGCGCAGCUGUCAUCCAUCCACUUUUUUUUCAAGUGAAAAUUAGGGAAAUAAAGUGGUGGUUGGCAGACACAUUCCACACCACCUGGGUAUGCAUCUAUGUUCGUACUAUACAUAUAUGCUACGAAAUUGGAUUUAAAAAUAUAAAAUGGGUGAAUGGCAGAGUUCAAAGUGAGGUCCGGUUAGGCUGUUUUUGGUCUAUAAAAUUUGGGUGAUUUGGCCGAUUUUCACUACACCUGGCGUGGAAAGCGACAGGUGUAUAGGACCGGAGAGUCGUCUUUAUGUAGUAUAUAGUGUCUGCAAUGGUCAAUAGUAGUUUCAAAGAAAAAUAAGCAAAAAUGAGAUUUCUAUGUAUAUUUUAACACUGGUACCCACACGUCAAUGUGGAAUUCGCAAAUCUGCACUCCCCUGCCACCUUUACAGGAGAUUACUACAGGAUCCGUAACGAAAUCACGUAAGCAUUAUCAGGAACAUUUCGUUUUAAAGGAUUUUAUACCUCCAUUUGACUAACGACCAACUUUAAUAUGUAACUUCAGUUAAACCUUGCUUCUAGUGUAUAUUUACUCCGUACAAAUAAAAGAAAUAACAUUUUC